AUGGAACCUCGACGUUUGGACGAUGUAACCGAUGUAGCCGAAGGAAUCCGAACAGAGAUUAAGGUAUUACUACCACAAGUCACAACAAUUGAAGAGGACGAAAAAGGAAAUAAGAAGUACGGCGGGGAUGUGCUUUUGAUGUUGAUUUCCCGUAUGAAAACCGCCCUCGGUAUUGAUGAGAACUGGGAUGGACGCUUGAGGCAUUGGAAGAUUCCUACAAAACUAAAUCUUCCAAACUCGGCAUACCUUAUUCCAAUACCGAAAGGAAUUGAAGUGAACGGGUGGUUAUUGAAGGAAGGAUGGUUCGUACAAGUCAAUGUUGACCCAGUUGUGGUGGGUGCGGGUACGACUACGCUGGUUGUUGCGCCUCGCUGAUUUGUAC